GGGACGGGCACGCACGUGUGUAGGCUCUUUAAGAUUAAAGCAGUAACUUUAUCCUUUCGCUUUCCCUCACGUAACCCCGCAUCUCCGAGGUAAUCGAACGUCACUAUGAGGCGCAUCUUUCAGUUUGAGAAAGGGUUCUUCAAGGUUUGAUUUUGUAUUUCACGAUCUAGAUUUUAGCAAUUCAUUGCAGUUAUGAAAAUAAGUUGGCUUCCGCUUAUUUGAAGUUUCGGCAUGAUCGUAAACCUCCGGCGACCUCUGUAAACUCUUGAUUAUUUCCCUCAUUUUUACUAUCAGUGAGAGAAGAAAUCGAGGCCUACAGUGUUGGCAGCCUACAACAAACAGUGGAGGAGUGGAAGUAGGAAAGUAACUAGGUUAGUGUUAAUCUGCGGUGACGGGAACACAUUUUGGCCGUGACAGCAGCUAAAUCAGGGGAAGCAGUCAAUCAGUGCUUCAAGGGUGUUGCGAAGAACAAGUGGCGUCAUUUGGUCAUGGACCCCUUUAACAAGCUGAUCCUCACUCUCAUGGUUCUGAGUUUCCUGGUGUUCCAGGGGCUGUUCCAUGCCAUCAGCCCCUGGGCCUCAUCUCAUGUCAGCUCAGGUUUCCGGCAGCUCAGCCGAAAACAGAAGAUCGAAUGGAACUCCAGGACCUUGUCCACGCUUCAUGCACUUGUAGUGGGUGUCUUCUGUUUCUACAUAUUACUCUUCGAUGAUGCCAUCAACCUAGACCCUGUGUGGGGCGAUGCAACCCUGGUGAAAAUCAACGUGGCCAUAACCACAGGCUACCUCAUAUCAGAUCUGUUGCUCAUAUUGUACUUCUGGGAUGCAAUUGGAGAUAAGCUCUUUGUUGUUCAUCAUCUGGCAGCAUUGUAUGCUUACUACUAUGUACUGGGUAAAGGAAUGUUGCCUUAUUUUGCUAACUUCCGUCUGCUUGCAGAGUUCUCUACUCCUUGUGUCAACCAGCGCUGGUUCUUUGAGGUGUUGGGUUACCCCAAAUCCUCCAAACCGAACCUGGCUAAUGGAGUUCUGAUGGCGACCACGUUCUUCCUGGUGAGGAUCAUGGUCAUGCCUGUCUACUAUGGCCGCAUGUACUCUGUGUUAGGCAUGCAGGCCAUCUACAGGGUGUCCUUGGGUGGUCGCAUUGCCUGGAUUCUCUCCAGCUUCUGCCUGGAUGUCAUGAACCUUAUGUGGAUGCACAAGAUUGCUCGGGGGUGCUUCAAGGUGCUACAUUCUGGGCAACGGCCCAAGCUGCAAACGUAUGUAAACAGGAAGGUGGAAUAAGCGUGGGGCAGUCACAGGCCCUGUCUGUUCUGCUGGGAGAGACUGAGACAAGCAAUGACAGAUUCUACAGACUGUUUCCAAGACAAAGCUCUUCCCAUGCAACUUUAACUCAUUGAUUGGUGGCUAACACUAACCAGGAUUAACCACUAAUGUGGAUUUUAUGGAAGAAGUGGAUGGCAGAACUUGUGGUUUUUUUUUCUGUAUUUAUGUAUUAUUUUAUCUCAUGGACAGCUCCUUUGUUUAAGAAGAGUGACCCAAACAGCGCGGACACUGUUUAUUGAUACUUACACAUGGAAUUAGGCCUCUAAACCUUGCCAGUGGUCGUUUGAUUUAUGUUCUGUAAAUAUUCUCUGAGGAACAGUGGAAUUUGACACCUUACCCUUAAGAGCGCAUGACUUGUUUGGCAGAGCCAUUAUACCAAUUCCUGCAGUUGUUUCCCUUUGCAUUCUUGUGUUCUUAGUGGACAAAUUUCAAUUUUGCAUGUCAGCUGAGCUGAUUGUUUCACACUAAUAUACUGGAUAUUCUUCAGCCAACUGUUACUUCCGUCAGUCUGUGAUUAAGAAACAGAAUUCUAACUGGAGGAGACAGUAUACUUCCACUUUGGUAAUCAUUCUUAUACCUCAGCCUUUAAUCCAAAAAUAAACUACAUCAGUUGUAAUUUACAGAUAUGAAAACAUUUGAACACACAUUUGUUUUAUUUACUGUAAACAAAAUGAAAGGGCUUAUGUAUGUAGUCUCCUAGAAUUGCCUGUCUCCUGAAUUGCCUCUGUUUAUGGCAGAGUAAUGAGGGAAACUCUGACAUACUGAAUGUACUGUUUAAAUUAAGGGUUGAUAUGGAACAUACUACAUAUGACUGUCCGUUGUACUUUAAGAUGAACAUGGCUGAGAAAUAUUUGCAUUGAUUAGUCUAGGACACAAAGGAUAAAAAACUGAUGUGUUUUUUUACUGUAUAUGCCUCUGAACAUAGUAAUGUUGUUUCUGUUGAUGCACAGUCAACAGGAUUGUGCCCUGGAGUUCUUUCUGGGAAUAUUUGUGUAUGAAGCGUUACAGCAAGUCUACAGCAACACCAGCCAAUUUUAAAAGAUGCAAAUUGGGGUUGAGAGUGAGAGCACCGAGGGGCGGGGGAGAAAGGAGGGGCAAUAGAAGCAGUUGACAACAUAGGCAUGUAGGCGGAGCCAGCAAGGGUUAAAACAGUCCUGUGCGUGUCAAGAAAAAAAUCCCAUGUCUAUCACUGUUCUGAAUAGGGACCUACCGUUGAUCGUGCUAGCUGUAAUUGCUAUUUUAUUAUAAUGUCAGCUAAUUUCCUUCAAUCGUUGUUUCCUAAAGUCAGUUGUUUACAAAGGUAUGUUGGAAAAAUAGACUGAAUAGUAAUCAAGUGCUAUCCUUAUGUGGUUACAGAGUAGACACACGAAUGUUCUAACUGUAUGAUUUCCUGAAUCAUACAGUUAGAACUUCCCUAAUAUCUUAUUUACUCCCCUGGUAAGGAACCACUUCAACUAAAUUAUGAGCCAUGACCAUGAAACGUAGACUAACCAUAGCUAGCUGAGUGCUUUCACUUCAAUUCAAUUGCAGAAGCAAUCUUAUUAUUAACAAUGUCAUUUUGUGAGUAGCUUGGUGCACUGACAACCAUGGACUAGUUAAACCCAUGCUACAGUAGCCAUCUCAACUAAAAUUAGAAAACAGCUAGACAGCUUAAAAACGUUAAACAUAAAAAAACCUAACAUUACAAUUGGAAAAGCUACAGUAUGUACAAUUAUAAACAAUAGUCUAACUACCUAAAUUUUAACAAUAAUUGAACUAUAAAAUGGUAAUGGUACUACUAACUACUAAACGAACUGCUCAAAUGCCAAAUAGAGAGUUAAAGAAAGAUAUAGAAAAUGGAAGAGGAACACAGCAAGGAAAAGGAUUUAUUGCUGAACUAACCUAUAGGAAAAAAAAUAUCCGGUCCAGGCGGCGGAUUUGUUGUGUUUCUUACAGGACUAAUACGAUGUGAGACAGUAUACUCUUUAUACGCUUCUGAACUCAAAAUAAAUGAUUUUGAGUUUAUUACCCUGUUAAGCUUUGUUUUGACAUUUUAGCAACAAGAUUUAUCUUAAAAAUAUAUAAGGAGUGCUAAAGAAAUGCAUCAGUUUCAUUUCAACAAUGGAAAAUGUCUUCUGUUUUGGAAGAUCACACACACUGGGACUUUGAAUAUGUAAAUAACUCCUGCCUGACGAAACCAGUUAUGUGCUGGACACAGGCCUGGAAUUAUAACCACAAGAUUAUUUUGCCACUGGUGGUGUAUGAGUAUAUGAUACUGUAUGUGUACUAUAAUAUAUGUUCCUCUAAAUGGUGUUUGUGAUGUAUCACAGUUAAACAAAAGGGAAUCUCACAAAAUAGUAUAUGCAUUAUGGCCUCUUGCUAACUGGUCAGCCUCCAUUGUGAUCAUAGGAAGGUUAAUUGUACUACAUUUAGACAGUUCACACGUUUGUCGUUUCAUGAAGACUGACAGCUGCUGAUUUUGUCUGUUGGAUUGUCAAAGCUUAAUGUUUUUUCUUGUUGAUAAACUAUUACCAGACUGCCUGCAUA